AUGGAGUGUGGAAAUGUAACAUCAGUGCUUGAACAUUUUGAACUUAUGGGGUUUACAUAUCCCAAAGAGCUAAAGAUCCUGUUGCUCACCUUCUUCUUCCUCAUGUAUAUAUUGUCUCUUUUUGGAAACGGCUUGAUCCUCUUGGUGGUUGCACUGGAACCUAGUUUGCACAAGCCUAUGUACUUGUUCCUCUGCCAUCUGUCCAUCAUAGAUAUGAUGAUCUGCUCAGUGGUGGUGCCCAAGAUGAUCUCCUGGAUGCUGAAGGGCAAUGGGGACAUUUCCUUUACAGAAUGUGCAACCCAGCUCUUCUUCUUCCACACUCUGGGCUGUUCAGAGUGCUUGCUGUACACUGUGAUGGCUUUUGAUCGCUUCCUGGCCAUCUGCAAGCCACUCCACUACGGCACCAUCAUGAACCAUCGUCUAGGCACCUGUCUUUCUGUUGGCGCUUGGUUUGGAGGCUGCCUGCACUCUGUGGUAGAGACCUACCUCACCUUCCGUUUGCCAUAUGGACGAGGAAGUCAGGUGAACUACAUCUUCUGUGACAUCCCAGCUGUUCUGAAGCUGGCCUGUACUGACACAUCCAUCAAUGAGAUGGUGAUUUCGGUUGACGUUGAAGUAGUGGCUGUUACCUGCUCCCUCCUGAUCCUGACAUCCUACGUGUAUAUCAUUUCUGCCAUCCUGAGGAUUCCCACUGCCACAGGGAGACAACGUGCCUUCUCCACCUGUACAGCCCAUAUCACCUUGGUGGUUAUCUAUUAUGUCCCUGUGGUUUACAACUACCUGCGUCCACCAUCUCAGGACUCCCUUGAUGGUAUUGUUGCUGUGUUCUACACAGCAUUAACCCCUCUCUUAAACCCUCUCAUAUACACUCUGAGGAACAAUGAGAUGAAAGUUGGCGUGAAGAAAUUGUGCAGUAGAAAACACAGCGCGCACUUAACUAACUGA